UCUCUCUCUCUGUCUGUCUGUCCCUCUGUCUGUCUCUCUGUCUGUCCCUCUGUCUGUCUGUCUGUGUGUCUGUCAGGACUUCUACCAGAGCGAGCGUCUCAGCAGGUUCCUCCUGGUACCUGACAGUUUCGACCAAUGGGCAGAGAGCAUGCAGCAGAGGCUGCUGGGAUACCAUGAACAGAGCAGGACGCUUCUGAGAACGAGCACAGAGGAGGUGGUGUCCCAGCUGUCUGUGUUGGAGGAGCUUCUGCCUUCGUUAGCAGCAGUUUUAAUAAGUAACCAUGAGCAACGUCAGGGGGCGGGGCUUAGAGAGGAAAUGGGCGGAGUCAGACUCAAGCUGAAGCACACGCUGGUAGCCAGUGAGAAGGAGAAGCGUGUGAACGUCCGUCAGCUGCGAGCGUCUCUCAGAGACGAGGAUCUCCAGACUCUGAGCAGCAGAGAGAAGCUCAGACAGCAGCGGCUGCACAGUAACAUCUGCACCAAACACCUGGAACUACAGGUGUGUUUGAGAGUCCGAGGGGAGGAGUUUGUGACAUCACUGGCCUCUCUGACAGAGCAACUGCUCUCACAACUGGACAACCAGCCCAUACCUGAAGUAACCGAGGCUGCGGCGCCACACCUGCGCUCUGAUGUUGGCACCGUUAGCAUGGAGACAUCCAGCAGGGUCUGGCCUGGGAUCCCCUACCUGCCCGCCCCCACCAGCUGCACACCUGAGUCCCCGCCCACUGUUACCACAGCAACAACAGCCGCCACCACCACCUCCAGGUGCACCCUGGGACAUCUGGCUGUCAUUGAACAGAGGGAUGCUGCUGUGAAGAGGUUCGAGCAGCUGUUCAGUUCGGAGGUGUCCCUUUUAGACAACGACCAACGAAGAAGACUGAGUGAACUACAGAUCUGGAUCACACACUGGAGACAGCAGAUACACACACUAACACACACACACUAACACACACUGGAGACAGCAGAUACACACACACACUAACACACACUGGAGACAGCAGAUACACACAC